AUGCAGGACGACGGCGACGGCGACGACAACGGCUGGGACAUGCCCUCGGAUACCCUCGGCGAGAUCCUGCGCCACCUCCCGCCGCUCGACCGGCGGCGCUCCCGCCUCGUCUGCAGGCAGUGGCGCGACGCCGUGGACUCGCGCGCGCCGGCGAGGCCGGGCCCCGCCAAGACGCUCGUCGUCGCGCACGGCGCAGGGUACGUGUUCGACGACGUGCCGGGAGGGAGCAGCAGGGAGAUCCCGUCCCCCUGCCCUCUCGCCAACAUCGUCGGCACGUGCAACGGCCUGCUCUGCGUCGUCGGCACCGGCGCCGGGUUCACCACCGGCGGCUUCGUCUUGUCCAACCCCGUCACCGGCGAGGCGCUGCACGUCCCGCUGCCGACCAGAAUCGGCGCGCCGUGGAGAAGAUGGGAGCACAACGAGUACUACAGCUUCGCGCACCACCCGACGACGGGGCUGUACAAGAUCGUGCCCUUCCCCGUCGACGACCGGUGGACGGGGUCGUUCGACGCGGUGCAGGUGUACACGCUCGGGGAGGCCGCGUCGUGGCGGGACGUGCCGGCGCCCGCCGGAUCGAGCCGCCGCAAGAGCUGCGGGCUCGUCAGCGUCGACGGCUUCACCUACUGGGUCGCCAUGGACACCGAGAAGGUCAUGUCGCUGGACCUCAAGGACGAGCGCAUCACCGUCGUGAUCACGCUGCCGGCGCCCGCGUCGGAGCCUGGCCGCCAGUGCCGCCUGACCGAGGCACACGGGAGGCUCGCCGUCGCCGCCAUCGUCACCCAGCCGACGAACACCAAGACAGAGGUAAUUACUACAAGAUUCCAAACUUUUACCAAGGGGGUUUAA